AUGCGUGCGUUUAAUAUUCUGUCUUUGGUUCUUGUAACCAAACUUUUUCUUAAUGGUGACGCAUCCUCGACACCGAGGAUGCGCAUCGUUGGCGAUGAAAGCGACACCCAAGAAGAGAGGGUUUCGAAAGCACUUAACAACGUAUUCGAACGAUUGAUGGAGAGGGCAGGUAAGGCCUACGAUGAAAGUUUAGCUGAGGCUUUGUACACUAUAGGAGGACUGAAAGAGAUUACGGAGAAACCAGUUGAUUGGAUUGAUCAGAUGUUGAAAAAUGAGGACUACAAAUGGAAAAUGAUCGCGAUAUUACUUUAUCAUAACCAGCACCCCGAGAAUUUUAAAAGCUGA